UCCUUCACAGGCUGUCGUAUCUUGUACGGUACAACUCCACUUAAGAGGGAGGAGUCCGACCCCCACGGACACACAGUUCGUUCUCCCCUCUUUCUCCGCUCGCUCGCUUACUCAGAUAAUUUCGGAUCAAAAAUCUCAAUUUAUAUCGAUACAUACGUAUUUAUACGUAGGUAUAUGGCGUUUCCAGCCGCCGUUGUUAUUGUGCCGUUAGGCGUUCUCUUCUUCAUGUCUGGCCUCGUCGUUAAUUUAAUCCAGGCAAUAUGCUAUGUGCUAAUAAGGCCUCUGUCAAAGAACACUUACAGGAGGAUAAACAGGGAGGUGGCGGAACUUUUAUGGCUCGAGCUUGUGUGGCUUGUCGAUUGGUGGGCUGGUGUCAAGAUUGAAAUUUACACUGAUGCUGAGACCUUUAAAUUGAUGGGUAAAGAACAUGCACUUGUCAUAUGUAACCACAGAAGUGACAUUGAUUGGCUUGUUGGAUGGAUUCUGGCUCAGCGUUCAGGUUGCCUUGGUAGCACAUUAGCUGUUAUGAAGAAAUCAUCGAAGUUCCUUCCUGUGAUAGGAUGGUCCAUGUGGUUCUCUGAGUAUCUCUUUCUCGAAAGAAGCUGGGCGAAAGAUGAAAACACCUUAAAGACAGGACUUCAACGGCUAAGGGAUUUCCCUCGGCCAUUUUGGCUGGCACUUUUUGUUGAGGGUACUCGCUUCACACAGGCAAAACUCUUAGCUGCUCAAGAAUAUGCUUCGUCAACAGGGCUACCCAUUCCGAGAAAUGUUUUGAUUCCUCGAACUAAGGGUUUUGUUACAGCAGUAAGCCAUAUGCGCUCAUUUGUUCCAGCCAUUUAUGAUGCUACUGUUGCUAUACCCAAAACAUCUCCCACACCAACCAUGCUAAGACUCUUUAAAGGGCAGUCUUCUGUGAUUCAUGUCCACCUCAAGCGACACUUGAUGAACGAUUUGCCAGAAACAGAUGAAGCAGUUGCCCAAUGGUGUAGAGAUGCCUUUGUAGCUAAGGACAAGUUAUUGGACAGACAUAUAGCCGAGGGUACCUUUGGGGAACAACUGCAAAACACUGGGCGGCCCGUAAAAUCCCUUUUGGUUGUCAGUUCUUGGGCAAUUUUGCUUAUCUUGGGAACUAUGAAAGUUAUCCAGUGGUUCUCACUUUUCUCUUCAUGGAAAGGAAUCAUUUUUUCAGCUGUUGCUCUAGCAGUCAUCACAAUUCUCAUGCAAAUCUUGAUCCAAUUCUCCCAGUCAGAGCGGUCAACUCCCGCCAAAGUCGCACCGGCUAAGCACAAGAGUGUGACAGAAUCCUCAGCGAGUAGACUAGACAAACAUCAGUAAGUGAACUGUAUAUCUUGGACGAUAGAAAUUGUCGGCCUUAUUAUCAGUGGCCAAUCUCCUGAGCCAAAACACGCAUUAUCCAACAAGUUAUUUGUCCAAUUAUGUCUGUAAUUUUCUAACAGUUAACACGCUUGUGCUUGAUUUUUGUGGACAACUACAGGCUGUAUCAAUUGAUUAGUUCUGUCAUGACUAGGAAAAAGAAACACCCCAUCCCGAUGGGCUUUUGUUUUAGGUUUUAGCUUGAAUGCAAUGUGUGGAUUCAAUUGCUUUUUUUGAAAUAGGAAGUCUAGACACUGCUACAGAAUUUUGUACUCAAUACUAAAACUUGUUUCUCUCUC